AUUUCCAUGGUUGAUAUCCGCAUAAUAAAUGAGCAAACUUUGGUGUUUAAAGUGAGGUUUGGUGCGAGAGAGAGAGAGCGAGAGAGGGGAGGGGUCCAUCUGGAUUGAGCAAGCAAGAAGGACGCAGUGGGCACUGUUUUGAAUCAUCAGUCACCCAUUUAAAUGACUUGGACUGAUGCGAAAUUUUGCCUAUAAUUGAGCCUGUCCUUAAAAAAAUAUCGGCUUCAGUGUACAAACAUGAUUAUAACAACAUGAGCGCAGUUUUAUUUUUUAACGUGCCAAAAAUUUUGACAAAAUAAUCGACCCAGUGUGCGAAGGCCUUUAGACUGUUUGCUCAGGACAAUUCAGAGGUUUGUUAUUGAGCUCAUUAAUUCUACUUAUUUAAAAAUUUUAAGUCAAACAAAACAGUGAGUGGGCUGCACGGUGGCGCAAGGGUUAGCACUGUUGCCUCGCAGCAAGAGGGUUCCUGGUUUGCUUCCCAGUCAGGGCCUCUCUGUGCGGAGUUUGCAUGUUCUCCCGUGCAUGCAUGGGUUCUCUCUAGGUACUCUGGCCUCUUCCCAUCACCAAAGACAUGCUCAUUAGGUCAAUUGAUCACUCUAAAUUGGUAGAGUAGGUAUGAAUGUAGGUGUGAAUGUGAGCGCAUAUGGUAGUCUGUCUCUAUAUGUCUGCCCUGCGAUUGACUGACGACCAGUCCAGGGUGGACUCUACCUCUCGCCCAAUGCCAGCUGGGUUAGGCUCCAGCCCCUCGCUCACCUAAGGGAUAAGCGGUAUAGAAAAUGGAUGGAUGGAUAAACAGUGAGUGCUGGAUUAAACUUACUUGAUGGGAUUUUCUUCAUGUGUUCAUGUGACAUGUUCAAAACAAAACUCAUCCUUAUCAUAUGACACGGCCAUAACUUUUUAUUGAUCUGUCUGUUGAUUGUUUUGGAUAAAUCAUAAACUUGCUAGGUGUGUCUGAAUUUUUAGUUUUAUGAGGCCAAAGUCCUUUCUUUAAACUUUGUGAUGAUAUAAUGAAACCUUAACCUGACACGCCAGAUGGAUUUGUUUCACACAUCAAUCUGGAAAACCUUCCAUAGAUGGUGUUUAGGAAAGGGCAGAGCCUUUGAAAAAAACUGGGAGCUGAAGCUGCAAAGUCUCUGUGACUGGAUGUGACUUCAGCAGCUGAACUCCAUCAGUGUUGUUGUAGUGACAGAGUGCAGCUCUCCCAGCAGGGGGCGCUCUGCUAUGGAUCAGUGUAAAGACCCAGAGGAGGGAGUCCCUCCCUCCACAACCUCUCUGUGUGGAGAAGAUGAAGCUCUGAGGAUGAAGAAGCAGAGGCCACACUCUCCUGGACCAAGCUGUGAGUCCAUAAAGAGUGACCGCUCUAUGUUCCUCCCUGUUGACUUUAAAGAUGGACAAUCUGCAGAUGAAUGGAUGAAGAAGCAGACACCAGACUCUCCUGGACCCAGCUGUGUGUCCAUGAAGAGUGACCGCUCUAUGUUCCUCCCUAUUGACUUUAAGGUUGGAGAAUCUGCAGCUGAUGGAAGGAUGAAGAAGCAGACACCAGACUCUCCUGGACCCAGCUGUGUGUCCAUGAAGAGUGACCGCUCUAUGUUCCUCCCUAUUGACUUUAAGGUUGGAGAAUCUGCAGCUGAUGGAAGGAUGAAGAAGCAGACACCAGACUCUCCUGGACCCAGCUGUGUGUCCAUGAAGAGUGACCGCUCUAUGUUCCUCCCUAUUGACUUUAAGGUUGGAGAAUCUGCAGCUGAUGGAAGAGUUCAGCAGGAGACCUCAGAGAUUCACAGUGAUCUGUCAAACCCGCAGCAUCAAGAAAACCUGGACUCUGUUCUAUUGCUGCUGGAGGAGAACAUAGUCACCUUUGUGAGGAGUGAGCUGAAAAGAGUCAGAGGAACUCUGUGUCCAGAGUACUCAGAAUGGUUAGGAAGUCAGUGUGAGGAUGAUGGGAUAUUGGAUGGUGAAGAUGAACAGCAAAGGACAGGCUGCAAAGAAGCAUUUCUUAAGAUAUCUCUUCUCUUCCUGAGAAAAAUGAAACAGGAGAAGUUGGCUGACCAACUUCAGAGCAGAACUUUAGCCCCAGUGUGCCAAAAAAACCUCAAAUCAACCCUGAAGGAGAAGUUCCAGUGUGUGUUUGAGGGGAUCGCUAAAGCAGGAAACCCAACCCUUCUGAAUCAGAUCUACACAGAGCUCUACAUCACAGAGGGAGGGACUGGAGAGGUCAAUGAGGAACACGAUUCCAAAUGGGUUGAAAUGACAUUCUGGAAAGCAGACAGAGCAGAAACUACCAUCAGACAGGAAGACAUCUUUAAAGGCCCCCCUGGAAGAGAUGAACCAAUCAGAACAGUGAUGACGAAGAGCGUGGCUGGCAUUGGGAAAACUGUCUUAACACAGAAGUUCACUCUGGACUGGGCUGAAGGCAAAGCCAACCAGGACAUCCAGUUCAUAUUUCCAUUCUCUUUCAGAGAGCUGAAUGUGCUGAAAGAGAAAAAGUUGAGCUUGGUGGAGCUUGUUCAUUCCUUCUUCACUGAAGCCAAAGAAGCAGGACUCCGCAGGUUUGAAGAGUUCCAGGUGGUCUUCAUCUUUGACGGUCUGGAUGAGUGUCGGCUUCCUCUGAACUUCCACAACAGUGAGAUCCUGACUGAUGUUAACCAGUCCACCUCAGUGGAUGUGCUGCUGACAAACCUCAUCAGGGGUACACUGCUUCCCUCUGCUCGCCUCUGGAUAACCACACGACCAGCAGCAGCCAGUCAGAUCCCUCCUGGGUGUGUUGACAUGGUGACAGAGGUCAGAGGGUUCACCGACCCUCAGAAGGAGGAGUACUUAAGGAAGAAACUCAGAGAUGAGGAGCAGGCCAGCAAAAUCAUCUCCCACAUCAAGGCAUCCCAAAGCCUCCACAUCAUAUGUCGCAUUCCGGUCUUCUGCUGGAUCACUGCUACAGUUCUGGAGGAUCUGCUGAAGACCAGAGAGGGAGGAGAGCUGCCCAAGACCCUGACUGAGAUGUACAUCCACUUCCUGGUGGUUCAGACCAAACUGAAGAGCAUCAAGUAUGAUGGAGGAUCCGAAAUUGAUUCACAGUGGAGUCCAGAGAGCAGGGAGAUGAUUAAGUCUCUGGGAAAACUGGCUUUUGAGCAGCUGCAGAAAGGAAACCUGAUCUUCUAUGAAGCAGACCUGACAGAGUGUGGCAUCGAUAUCAGAGCAGCCUCAGUGUACUCAGGAGUGUUCACACAGGUCUUCAGAGAGGAGAGAGGACUGUACAAGGACCAGGUGUUCUGCUUCAUCCAUCUAAGUGUUCAGGAGUUUCUGGCUGCUCUUCAUGUCCAUCAGACAUUCUUCAACUCCGGAAUUAAUCUGAUGGAAGAGGAAAAAACAACAUCUCAUGUGUCCAAAGAUUUUGAAAAUAAAACUAAACACUUCUAUCAGAGUGGUGUGGACCAGGCUUUAAAGAGUCCAAAUGGACACCUGGACUUGUUCCUUCGUUUCCUCCUCGGUCUCUCCAUAGACACCAAUCACAACCACCUACUCUACUUCCUGAAACAGAAAGCAAGUGCUCCCCCCCCAAAAAAAAAGGCUACUGAGUACAUCAAGAAGAAGAUCAAUGAGGAUCUGUCUGCAGAGAAAAGCAUCAACCUGUUCCACUGUCUGAAUGAACUGAAUGAUGGUUCUCUAGUCGAGGAGAUCCAACAGUCCCUGCGAUCAGGACAUCUCUCCACAGAUAAACUGUCUCCUGCUCAUUGGUCAGCUCUGGUCUUCAUCUUACUGUCAUCAGAAGAAGAUCUGGACGUGUUUGACCUGAAGAAAUACUCUGCUUCAGAGGAGGCUCUUCUGAGGCUGCUGCCAGUGGUCAAAGCCUCCAACAAAGCUCUUUUGAGCGGCUGUAACCUGUCAGAGAGAAGCUGUGAAGCUCUGUCCUCAGUCCUCAGCUCCCAGUCCUCUAGUCUGAGAGACCUAGACCUGAGUAACAACAACCUGCAGGAUUCAGGAGUCAAGCUUCUGUCUGAUGGACUUAAGAGUUCAGGCUGCAGAUUGGAAACUCUCAGUCUGUCAGGCUGUCUGAUCUCAGAAGAAGGUUGUGCGUAUCUGGCCUCAGCUCUGAGCUCCUCCUCCCACCUGAGAGAGCUGGACCUGAGCUACAAUCAUCCAGGAGAACGAGGAGAGAGUCUUCUGUCUUCUCGACUGGAGGAUCCAUACUGCAGACUGGAGACACUGAGGUUUGACCAUGGUGGCCUGCACAUCCUUAAGCCUGGUCUGGGGAAAUACGCCUAUGAGCUGGAAGUGGACACAAACACAACAGGCAGAGAACUCAUACUGUCUGACAACAACAAGAUGGUGACACAUGUGAAGGAGGUUCAGCCAUAUCCUGAUCAUCCAGACAGAUUUGAUGUUCCUCAGCUGCUGUGUCAGACUGGUCUGACUGGUCGCUGUUACUGGGAGGUCAAGUGGAGAGGAAGAGUUAUUAUAUCAGCGAGUUACAGAGGAAUCAUCAGGAAAGGAUACAGUGAUGAAUGUUUGUUUGCAUUUAAUGAUCAGUCCUGGGGUCUGCACUGCUCUGAUGAAGGUUACUCUGUCCGUCACAAUAGCAGAAGAACAGACAUCUCCUCCUCGGUCUCUGGUAGAGUAGCAGUGUAUGUGGACUGUCCUGCUGGCACUCUGUCCUUCUACAGAGUCUCCUCUGACAGACUGAUCCAUCUCCACACCUUCAACACCACAUUCACUGAGCCUCUCUAUCCUGGGUUUAGGCUCUGUUCAUACAGUUCGUCUGUGUCUCUGUGCAACAUGUUGUUCUGAGAAACAUGGACUGAAGAUCAGAACAACACAUCAUGACUGCCAUGCAUCUCCUUUGUUAGUUUUACAAGUUGGCUGUGCUCGUUCUCGAAAAAUAAUGCAACAUGGGCAGGAGAUGUGGUAUACUGAUGACUGUUAGAGAU